UGUUCCGAGUCCCCUUUGUCCCCCUACUCCCCGCCCAGGCCUGGUCCGCCUGCCCAGCAGCUCUCCUCUCCCUCCCUCCUCUCAGCCUGGCUGGCAGGAGCCAGGGACUCCGCCUGUGGAGCUGGGUCUGCUGACCCACCAGCUUAGGAGCACCCUCAAACUCAGGGUCACCGCGGAGGCACCAGGCCACUAUGCUCAGCCUCAAGCUACCCCAACUCCUGCAAGUCCACCAAGUCCCCCGGGUGUUCUGGGAAGAUGGAAUCAUAUCUGGUUAUCGUCGCCCAACCAAUUCUGCCUUGGACUGUGUCCUCAGUUCCUUCCAGAUGACCAACGAGACAGUCAACAUCUGGACUCACUUCCUACCCACCUGGUACUUCCUGUGGCGCCUCCUGGCGCUGGCCGGAGGUCCAGGCUUCCGGGCCGAGCCGUAUCACUGGCCGCUGCUCAUCUUCCUGCUGCCCGCCUGCCUCUACCCCUUCGCGUCGUGCUGUGCGCACACGUUCAGUUCCAUGUCUCCCCGCGCGCGCCACAUUUGUUACUUUCUAGACUACGGCGCGCUCAGCCUGUAUAGUUUAGGUUGCGCCUUCCCGUAUGCCGCCUACUCCAUGCCGACCUCCUGGCUGCAGAGCCGCCUCCACCAGCUCUUUGUGCCCGCCGCAACACUCAAUUCCUUCCUGUGCACCAGCCUCUCCUGCUACUCACGGUUCCCGGAGCUAGAAAGCCCUGGGUUCAGUAAGGUCCUGCGAACAGCUGCCUUUGCCUACCCCUUUCUGUUCGACAACCUCCCGCUCUUCUAUAGGUUUGGGCUGUGCUGGGGCCGGGGCCAUGAUUGCGGGCAGGAGGCACUGAGCACCAGCCACGUCUACCACCUCUUCUGCGCACUGCUCACUGGCUUCCUCUUCACCUCCCACCUUCCCGAGCGUCUGGCACCAGGACGCUUUGACUACAUCGGCCACAGCCACCAGCUGUUCCACAUCUCUGCUGUGUUGGGCACCCACUUCCAGCUGGAAGCAGUGCUGGCUGAUAUGGGGUCACGGCGUGCCUGGCUGGCCAUGAAGGAACCUGCUCUAGGCCUGGUAGGCACGGUAGCCACACUAGGCCUGGCCGUGACUGGGAACCUACUCAUCAUAGCUGCCUUCACAGCCUCUCUGUUUUGGGCCCCUGGUUCAUGCCCCUUGUUGCAGGGUGGCCUGCCAGAAGCGGGUUCCAGGGCCAAACAACAGUAA